AUGACCUUUUGGGGUUUGAUGUACCAAGACGGCGGCGAACUAGCUGUAAGUACUUUCUUGUCCACUCUGGACUACUACUUCGCGCUUUUUCGGCACCGUUUCUACUUGAGCCUCACGUUGUCGCUACCGCAUGCCAAUCUUUUAGGUAGGACACGGCCUCGAGAUAUAAGUCCCGAAGACUUGUGGUUCCUGUCGUCUUCGAAGAAUUCAACACGAAAUUCUUCACCAAUCCUGGAGCCUAUUGAGGACGAGGAGGCCCUUAUCGCUGAGGCCCUCCUCAAAAUUGCGAACGCGACCGCGCGCGGAGCAGCGGCAGCGCCGGGCCCUAGGAAGAACGGCUACAGUGGCGGCACAAACGGCCGCACAAACGCCGCUGCUGCGUCUGGCGGUGGCGGCAAUGGCAACGGCGCCGCGACCUCCACAUGGCACAAUGGCAGCGGCGCGGGGCCCAUCAAGCGCCGCCGCAGCCAUGAUUUGCUGGCCGGGGAGGAUGACCUCACGGCGGUUGAUGACGUAGAUCCAGUCGUACAUCCGUACGACGACAUGCACGGCUCCCCCCCCGGGGCACCCGCUGCGGUGUUCCACAUGGAAGCCUUCCAACAGCAGCAGCAGCAGCAAAUGGGCCCUCGCGAACGCGAGCUCCCUCGUCGCGGUCGACCCAACGGUUCAUCCGCGACCCGCCAACCCCCUGUGCCCUCCGCCGGGGAAGUUGUACUGUCCACCGCAUCGCAACCUCUCUCCAACGGCCGCAACCACCACAACCACAACCACCAGCAGCACAACGUGCUCCAAAGUGGUGAUUCUCGGCCGGCGGCGGCGGCGGCGGCACCAUGGCAGCAGCAACGCGGCCGGCCGAUCCGCGGCAGCAGUGGCCCUACGCCGUACAUGGAUGAGCCGUACGACGACAGCCGCAAACCGCCGAUGCCGGCUUUUCUGAUCGACGGCUCCGCCCCAGGCGGCCUCCGGCCGUUGAACGGCUCCCGCAGUUGUACGGCGCCGCUCUCCAGCCAUCACGCUACUGCAAUGGCGGCGCGGGCUGGUAACCGGAGCGGGGCCGCUGCCGGUCCGCUGCCAACGGCGCCGUCCGCCGGGCAAUCGACUGCAGCCUCCGGUCCCCUGCGCGGCGGCGAAACCACGACGCAAGGACCAGUAGCAGCGGCGGCAGACACCACGGCCGCCCUCAAGGAGGAGCCUGCUGCAAUGACCCGUGGGUCUGUGGUUCCGGCGGCCGGAGAGGGCUUUGGGAGCCGACGGGCGCCUGUAGUUGGCAUGGGUCACGAUCGUCAGGGUGUUCAGCACGACCGGGCCACCGGUGGCGCCUCCGCCAGCGCUGGUGCUAACGGCAGUGGUGCCGGCGGAAAUGGUGCUGGCGGAAAUGGUGCCGGCGGCAGACAAGGGGCUGUCGGAGGUGGCGUGGCGGCCGGUGUGAAGGCGGAGCCCCAGAGCGGCAGUGCCCCCGGGAGCCCCAGCCGUCCCGGCAGCGGCGGCGGGGCCGGCGAUGGCGGAGCCGGAGGAGGAGGAGGAGGAAGUGGCUUGAACGGUGGCGCCGCCGCGGCCGCCAACGUGCAGCAGGUUGGCGGGGAUAGCGGGGACCGGGCCGCGAUGUCGGGCCGCUCGGCGCCUGUGGCGCCUGGCUCGGCGGCGGCGACGGGGCCUGGCAAGAUGUCGGUGGCCUUGCCGCCGGGUGUGGUGCAUCCAUUGGCUGAGAUUUUGGCCGGUUCCGGAGCGCCAAUUGCUACGUGGGCCCAACUCAUGGGGCUGUUGCCGGGAGCGGGGCAACACUGGGCGACGGCGACGACGACGGGGGCGGCGGCGGCGUCCACGGCACAGGAGCUGAUUGCGAAGGGGCUGGCGGAGGCAGGCAAGGCUGUUGGCGGAGGCGGCGCCGCCGCCGCUGCGUCCCAAUUUCACCCGCCGUCAACUCCCCCUGCGGCAGCAGCUCUCACGCAUACACAGCAUCAACUACACCAACAGCUACAGCAGCAACAACAGCUACAGCAGCAGGCGGCGAUGAUCAAGGCGCUAGCGGCAGUCGCAGGUCCGGGCGCAGCUGUAGUGGGCCUGCCGCCAGCGUGUUUGGAGUAUGUACGGGCGCUGCAUGCCGGCGGACCGGCAGCGGUGGCGGCGGCGGCAGCCCUCGGCGCCAAUCCACUUGCGCUGCAGGCAGCAAUGGCCACGGCAGCGGCGGCGGCGGCGGCCCCAUCAGCCGUCGCGGGCGCGACGGGGCUUCCUCCUUCACUCGGGUCGGCGGGGCCGCCAACGGCGGCAGUUUGCGGCAGCGGCAGCGGCAGCCCUCCUACGCCUGGUGCGCACAUUGGGGGGGGUGUCGUACGCGGCGCACCGUUCCGGCGCUGUGCCCAGCACGUCUACAUCGCCCAUUUUAUCGCACACCACCAGCAGCAACAGCUACAGUCAGGUGGCUCCGCCGAAGGUGGCGGGGGAGGGCGAGAUGCAUCUAGGCAGCAGCAGCAACAACAACAACACCAGAAGCCGCAGCUGUCGGAUCCGACUCGCGCUGGAAGUAGCAGUCCGGAGAUGGAUCCUGAGUCAUAUGGUGCGGUUGAGCCGAGUGGCGCCGGGGGCGGCGGAGGCAGUAGCAGCGGCGGAGGCAGGUCACCGGAUGGCUUUCGCAACGGCAACGGCAAAAGCGUUAAUAGUAACGGUAAUGGUAAUGGUGCCGGCGGAGGCAGAUGCAGCCAUCCACAUCAGCAGCCACGAGCCCCCGUUAACGACGCGGCGGCGACGGCGAUGGCGGCGGCUGGCGGCGCCGCGGAUGGGACGAGCAGCGGCGGCAGGCAAGCAGCGGCGGCGUUGCCGGGUAGUACCAAAUCCGAGGUUGAGUUGGCGUCGUCCGCGGGGGCAACAGGGCAGCAGCAAUCUGGAGCGGCGGGUACGAGCAGCGCACGCAGCCUGGGGCUUUUACAUCAGCUUGGGGCUGCGGCGACGGCGACGGCGGCGGCGGCGGCAGCGGCAGCGGCGGCCCAGCCAUCGGGGUAUCCGGGGACCGCAGCCGCUGGCUUUAACGCAGCUCCGCCGCCGCCAUCGGCGGCAGCCGCGCCGUCAGGAGCUCCCCUCGCUGGCGGCAGCAGCGGUGCCGGCGCAGGCCCUGGCGCUUUCCUAGGGACGCCGUCUAGCUUCCCUGGACCUCUGGCAGCGAUGAUGGCAGCUGCCGCCGCCAGCGGCGGGAUGCCUGGGAUCUCAGCCGCGGCGGCGGCGGCGGCGGCGGGGCAGCAUCAGCAGGCCGUCGCCGCGGCAGCGGCGGCGGCGGCAGCCGCGGCGGCGUCGUCUGGAACGCCGUUGAUGCUGGGGGGGCAGCUGGUGCUGCCGCGCGGCGCGCCGCCAGCGCCGCCGCCGGGGCCCCCGCCGGCCCAACCGUCGGCAGUUCCGGGGGCCCUCGGUGCGGUAGCGGCGCUCAAUGCAGCGACGGCGGCGUCCCAGCUCGCGCCGUUUUUUGCUGGCGGCCUGCCGCCACCAUUCUCGGCGGCAUCCAACAGUUUAGCUCCGCCAGCGGCGGGUGCAGCGGCGGGGGCGGCGGCUCCCGGCGGGGUUGUUUUGCCUUCGCCCUUUCCGCCGAAGGUGUACGGCAGUACGGCGCACGUAUUCCAGGGUGUCCAAAGUAAAAAGGGUUGGGGGGUUGUGUGGGGGGGGAAGGGUGUCUUGUUCGGAUUAGGCGCGGCGGCGGCGCACGAGGAGGUGUAA